AAAUAAUUCCACCCACCUACUAGACUGUGUAUCCCUGGCACUUGCAGUUCUAAAAUGCAAGCACUGAUGUGGCCCAUGUCGGUAAUAUCACCAGCUGAGCAGUACUUCUGAACUUCAAUUAGGCAUGUUACUAGGGUUGUGCAUCAGAUUUUGCCAAGGCCAGGGCCAAAUCAAGCAUAUUCAGAGGGCCUUCAACGAGGUGUGGACCGCUACAGGUCAGGGUGGAUGGCCCAGAGCAAUCUGUGUCUGUCUGGGAGUGGGGCUUCAGGUAGGAAGGCAAACCCUCCAAGUGUUCCUAUUUCCCAGAGACCACCCCAGAUUUACUGAAGCUGUCCCAGUUUCUGAUUUGAUCCCAGAAUGUCCUGCCUUUCCUUAGGACGUCCCUGUUUUCACUGGAUAAAUGUUGGAGGGUAUGGAGUUAUGUGACCCCUGAGCCAAGGUGAUAAGUAACUAAACAACCUUUAGAAGACACCUGAAGGCAGCCCUGUAUUGGGAUUUUUUUUAAAUGUUUAAUGUUUUAUUAUGUUUUUAUAUAUGUUGGGAGUCACCCAGAGGAGCUGGGGCAACCCAGUCAGAUGGGUGGGGUAUAAUAAUAAUAAUAAUAAUAAUAAUAAUAAUAAUAAUAAUAAUUUUCAUUGGAGAAAUGUUGGAGGGAAUGGGAAGGAUAGGCAGGCAUUGGGCCAAGACCUACCCUGAUCACCAGCUGUGUGAAGGCAGGAGCCAGCCGCCUGAUUCUCCUUCCUGCCUGUUGCAUAGCGUUCCUUUGAAAGCAGUUUCUCUGAAGAUGUACGGCUUGCAAACGAGCAGGAAUUGUGGCUCUGCUGAGCUGCUCUUCAGCAUAAUCACAGAUCCUUCCUUGUGCAGAUUGGUCUCUUGCAAGUGCCUUCUGCCUUCUAUAUUUCAGGCUUCCUAACACAACAAGCCAGUUUGCACAAGAAAUAAGCUCAGGAACCAUAGGUGACCCAGGGGAUCAUUUGGGUGCUCGGGAAAGGAUCAUCAACAUUUUGGGGACCUGUAGCCUCGUAUUAAAUUUUGAGAGUGGGCAACACGCGAUCUGCCUUUCAGACGGACAGAGAGAAAGCACAACCCCACUUUGUUCUGUAUAAGAAUCUGAUUCAGUAGAAUAAAAGAUCCUCUGAAAUUUGCAUGGUUUUAUAUGGGGGUCCCUUCAAAAGCAAGCAUUAGAGAGAGAGGCUUCUCCUUCAAAGGCAAACCAGAGGCAGAACGGAAACAAUAACCAGAAAACAGGGUACAUAAGGCUGGUUCUGAAGAGUGUUUGAAGUGAAUGUUGAGAGGGAGCAGAAAUAGGUUGGUGACAUUCAGGAAGACAUGGCUUGGGGGAGGGGCAAACAUUUUCAGUAACAUCACAUGCAACACACUCAUAUGUGCUCUUCCCAGAAAUCUGGCAAAAUAGGGGCAGUGGAAGAAUCAGGGAAGAGCAGAGUUCCAGGGAAACAGUUAUAAACAAUGAACUAGAAGUCUUAGUAAAAAAACCAAAACCCAGUUUGUGGAACAUUUGGGCCCGGCAAGCAUGGCUAAUGCCCAGGGGUCAUGGGAGUUGCAGUUUGGCAACAUCUGGGGGCCCAAAGAUUCCGCAUAACUGGUAUACACCGUCAUCACUGUGUCUCUCCUUUACUUCUGUGUCUCCUCCUGUGAGUGAUCCUGACUUGGGUCCUGUCUAGCAUCAUUAGUUGAGCAGUAUAGUCAAACAACCAGUUUCUUAUCAGUUUGCCAGCUACAUUCCCCUGUGCCUCAAAUCAUGGUGCUGUUUUGUCAAUGAUUUGAGCACCCCAAAUUAUUUAGAAGUGCACUAGUUUGCAAAUAAUCCUAAUGGUAAUCAUAAUCAACAUGAACCAACAUGGUCUCGCAUUCUUUCAUUUUCAGUGGGGCUGUCCUGCUAAUCUAGCCAAAUCCUGAACCGAAUCAGGCCAUUUUUUUGUCAAUUUGUGCUAAUAAUAAUAAUAAUAAUAAUAAUAAUAAUAAUAAUAAAAUAGCAGUACACUUCAAAGCAAGCUAAGAUGGAGAAUUGGAUCAACAGAAAUAGCUACAUCAGUGAUGCCACUUCCCCACUGGCUAGAGGAGAUGGUCAUGUCACCUGGUUUAUCAUUAGAAUGAUUCCCAUUAAAAUAUAUAAAAAAACUGCAUUUAAUAAUUAGACUAUAGAAGAGUUUGGCAUAAUCAUUAAUCAUAUUAUCUUUUGAUUCCCUAUCUGCCUUUAAAGGGGAGAAGUCUUGAACCAGUUCUUUCUGGGUAUUCCAGUAUCUGUUAAUAACAUCUAUUAGGCAACUAUCUGGGAACAUUCUCACUCUAAUUUACAGUCCUUUCCAGAAAAUGAAUCAAUGCCCAGCUCUUUCCAGCUAUUGCCACAUACCUCCUCUCCUUGGCUUACAAAAUACUCCAGCUAAGAGUUGUCCUUGCAUUGGUAUCACUCUGCUCCAGUUUGGGCCCUUCAACUAUCUGACAACCUGAGCUCAUGCCUCAUUUUGGUUCUGCUUCCUCUAGGUGAGUAGAAACCAGAAGUCCUGGGUUUUUAUUCUUCUAUUAUUUCUUGAAAGGGAACGGGUAGUGGAUGUGAAACAGGAGCAGGAGGCUUGUGCCAGGAACUGGGGCAAAAUUCAGUUUUGCUCAUAUGUGAAGGCAAAUCGACAUAACCCACACUUUCUGGAACAAUACUCGGACCAAGGCACAGCCACUCUUCAAAAUUAACCAACUGUUCUCCAAAUUUCUUUAAGCAUUUAUUUAGCCAAGAAAUGUGUACAAGAAUGCAUGUAUUUCAGUAAAGUGUGCACGAAAAUGCACGUGUUAGAAUGUGAAUUACCUGUGGCCAAAUCUUGGGUCCCCCAAUUAUUAGCUGGGGCAAUCAGAAUAAGAUCCACUAUUUGACUGCUGAUUCAGGACCCUAAACUGUGUUUUAUAUAAUCAUGUUUUAUACAAUCGAUAUAUUCUGUGUAUAUCACAAUGUCCUUUUUUUGCUAUGGCUGAUGGCUGACGCAAAUAAAGUUUCAUUCAUUCAUUCAUUCAUUCAUUCAUUCUUGGGUCCCCAAUCAAAUCAGGAUGCAGACAGCAUGGAUUUAGGUAGCCCUCAGUUGCUCCAGAUUGGAUUGUGCACACCCAGAGUGAGUAUGGGCUGUGAUUCAGUUCAGGCUUUGAAUCAUCCUAGGUGGGACUGUGGCCACUCCUAUGUACUGCUUCGGACUUUUAAUCUGAUUGGGGUGGGGAUGGCCGUAGAAGCUCUGCACAGCCCUAUAUACCGUAUUGGUAAAAAUAGCAGACAAUCAUUUCAUUAAGAAACAUUGCUUUGCAAAAACAUGUAUAUUAGGCAAAAUUGCAUAAAAACAUGUGUAAAUCAGGAUAAAUUAGGACAUUAAAAAAAUCAACGAAUUGUUGGAAAUGUGGAGAACUGAACUUGAGAUUGGGAAAAAUGUGAAACUAAAAGAAUCAAAACUUGAGAGAACUGCCCAUCCCAUUUGUGGCCAACCCUAACUCUAAAUCCCAUCAUCCCCAGCCAAUAUGGCGAAUGGUCAGAGAUGACAGGAGCAGUAGUCCAAUAACAUCUGAAGGGCUGUGGGAUCUCCAGCCCUCAGCUAUAGCAAGAAGGUCAAGAAUCUUUGAGGGUCUUUAAAGGGAAAAGGUGAAGGGAAAGAAAAAGUCUGCAUAGAGACUGCCAGUUGCUUUAGUAAUGAGAAUCAGUGCAUAGCCCUUGCUGGCUCUACAGAUCUAUGUGAGUAGAACUGCCAAUCAACCAAGAAAAAAGGGAGAAACAGCUUGCUAGGUUUCUAUGUCUCUCCUUCUGGCAAGAUCAGAGAAAAACAAUGGGGAAUGCUGGUAUUUUCUUUGAAAACAUUAACGUUUUCUUUUAAAAAAUGGUAUUCUAUUCAUUAAACAUUACAGAAUUAAAAAGAACCACACCUAAUUUAUUUCAAUUGCAAGCUUGUACAAAACAAAACGUAGCACAGAAGCAAGGGAAAUAUCCAUCAAUAAUAGUAUGAGCUCUCUGCUCUUGUGCAUUUUCUUGCUUUGUAUGUAAGAACACAAGACUAGCCUGCUGGAUCACACCCAAUGGCCCAUCUUUUUUUUAAAAAAAAAUUAUUUGGUUUUUCAGAAUAAAAUCUUACAAUCACAUAUCCAACAUACAACAUAAAAACAAGAUUCCAAAGAAUCUCCUGGACUUCCCUCCUCCCCUUUGUGGGUCCUAUUGUUAAUCAUUUCCUCCUGCAUCUUUGAUGAUAAUCCAAAUCUUUUACAUUUCCAUGUCAUAGACUCAUAGAAUCAUAGAAUCAUAGAAUCAUAGAAUCAUAGAAUCAUAGAAUCAUAGAGUUGGAAGAGACCACAAGGGCUAUCGAGUCCAACCCCCUGCCAAGCAGGAAACACCAUCAGAGCACUCCUGACAUAUGGUUGUCAAGCCUCUGCUUAAAGACCUCCAAAGAAGGAGACUCCACCCACUCCUUGGCAGCAAAUUCCACUGUCGAACAGCUCUUACUGUCAGGAAGUUCUUCCUAAUGUUUAGGUGGAAUCUUCUUUCUUGUAGUUUGGAUCCAUUGCUCCGUGUCCGCUUCUCUGGAGCAGCAGAAAACAACCUUUCUCCCUCCUCUAUGUGACAUCCUUUUAUAUAUUUGAACAUGGCUAUCAUAUCACCCCUUAACCUCCUCUUCUCCAGGCUAAACAUGCCCAGCUCCCUUAGCCGUUCCUCAUAAGGCAUCAUUUCCAGGCCUUUGACCAUUUUGGUUGCCCUCCUCUGGACACGUUCCAGUUUGUCAGUGUCCUUCUUGAACUGUGGUGCCCAGAACUGGACACAGUAUUCCAGGUGAGGUCUGACCAGAGCAGAAUACAGUGGCACUAUUACUUCCCUUGAUCUAGAUGCUAUACUCCUAUUGAUGAGGCCCAGAAUUGCAUUGGCUUUUUAGCUGCCACGUCACCCUGUUGGCUCAUGUCAAGUUUGUGGUCAACCAAGACUCCUAGAUCCUUUUCACAUGUACUGCUCUCAAGCCAGGUGUCCCCAUCUUGUAUUUGUGCCUCUCAUUUUUUUACCCAAGUGCAAUACUUUACAUUUCUCCCUGUUAAAAUUCAUCUUGUUUGUUUUGGCCCAGUUCUCUAAUCUGUCAAGGUUGUUUUGAAGUGUGAUCCUGUCCUCUGGGGUGUUAGCCACCCUCCCAAUUUGGUGUCAUCUGCAAAUUUGAUCAGGAUGCCCUUGAGUCCAUCAUCCAAGUCGUUGAUAAAGAUGUUGAAUAAGACCGGGCCCAAGACAGAACCCUGUGGCACCCCACUAGUCACUCUUCUCCAGGAUGAAGAGGAACCAUUGAUGAGCACCCUUUGGGUUCGGUCAGUCAGCCAGUUACAAAUCCACUGAGUGGUAGCAUAGUCAAGACCGCAUUUUACCAGCUUCUUUACAAGAAUCUCAUGGGGCACCUUGUCAAAUGCCUUGCUGAAAUCAAGGUAGGCUACAUCCACUGCGUUCCCUUCAUCUACCACGCUUGUAAUUCUGUCAAAAAAUGAGAUCAGGUUAGUCUGACAUGACUUAUUUUUCAGAAAUCCAUGCUGACUAUUGGUGAUCACAGCAUUCCUUUCUAGGUGCUCACAGACUGUUUGCUUAAUGAUCUGCUCCAGAAUCUUCCCUGGUAUUGAUGUCAGACUGACUGGGCGGUAAUUAUUUGGGUCCUCUCUUUCCCCCUUUUUGAAAAUAGGGACAACAUUUGCCCUCCUUCAGCCUGCCGGGACUUCGCCUGUUCUCCAGGAAUUCUCAAAGAUGACUGCCAGUGGUUCUGAGAUCACAUCUGCCAGUUCUUUUAAUACUCUUGGAUGCAGUUCGUCUGGCCCUGGAGACUUGAAUACAUCUAAACUAGCCAAGUAUUCUUGUACUAUCUCCUUAGUUAUUCUGGGCUGUGUUUCCUCUGCUGAAUCAUUUGCUCCAAAUUCUUCAGGUCGGGCAUUGUUUUCUUUAUCGGAGAAGACUGAGGCAAAGAAGGCAUUGAGGAGUUCAGCCCUUUCUGUGUCCCCUGUUUGCAUUUCACCAUCUUCUCCUCUGAGUGACCCCACUGUUUCUUUGUUCUUCCUUUUGCUACGAACAUACCCAUAAAAGCCUUUUUGUUGCUUUUAACCUCUCUAGCAAGCCUGAGUUCAUUCUGUGCUUUAGCUUUUCUGACUUUGUGUCUACACGUGCUGGCUAUUUGUUUGAAUUCCUCUUUGGUGGUUUCCCCCCUUUUUCCAUUUUUUGUACACAUCCUUUUUUUAAUCUUAACUCAGUUAAAAGUUCUUUAGAUAGCCACCCUGGCUUCUUUAGGCACCUUCCAUGUUUCCGUCUCAUUGGUAUUGUCUGACGUUGUGCUUUUACUAUCUCCCUCUUAACAAACUCCCAGCCAUCAUGAACUCCCUUUCCUUUUAGUAUUACUGUCGAUGGGAUCUCACCCAGCACUUCCCUAAGGUUUUAUGAAGUCGGCUUUCUUAAAGUCAAGAAAUUGAGUCCUAGUAUGCUUGGCUGCUCCUUUCCGCUGUAUAGUAAACUUCAGAAGAGCAUGAUCCCUCACGCCUAAUGAUCCUUCCACUUCUACGCCACUAACCAGGUCAUCAACAUUGGUUAGGACCAGAUCUAAAAUCGCUGUUCCUCUUGUUGCUUCUCCCAUUACAUUCCAAACAUAGUCCCAUUACAUUCCAAACAUAGAAAUGAAUUACAUUCAUUUCCAUUACAUUUUUACAUGUCCAAAAUUCAGCAUUAAACUACAAGUGUUAUUCCAAUCCUACUAACAAUUUUAGCUGUUUGCAAUGGUUUUAAGAUAAAUUAUACAUUUCCCCACCCAAUGACCCAUCUAGUCCAACAUCCUGUUCUCACAGUGGCCAGUCAGAGGCCUAUGGGAAACCAAGCAGCAGAACAUGAGCACAGAUAACUCUCCCCUCCUGUGGUUUCUAAUCAAUCCCUGUGAAUAUGAUUGAAAAUGGUUUCCCAUAUACAGCGUGAAGAACACUGGGGAUAACUUUUUGCUUGGCAAAAUUCCAUGGUGUUCCUGAAAAAGAUCGCAUCCCGUUUCAAAACUGCAGUGUGUUCCAAUAUCACAUCACAGGCUCUCUGGGAAAACAUACAGAUUCCAUUUGUGCCAGUUUCCACAUCUCACUAAACCGGUUGUUCUCAAGUGUUGGCUCCAAUCCCUGACUUAUAAAAUCCCUGUGUGUAAGCUCAUAGCUGUAUCCAUUGCCCUUUUUGGAACAGAUCUUCUUGAAGUCCUCCCUAGCUUUUGAUCAUCGCAACACCAUGAAGGCUCUCCUGUGCACAGGCCUCCUCUUGGCCUUGUUUUCACUAGGUGAGUAGAAACCAGACAUCCUGGGUUCCAGUAAUUUACUCUAAAAUAGGGAGUGGUUGGUGGAGCUACAGCAAGGAGACUGAAAAGCUAAGGUGCUCUUAGAAAUGAAAACUAGCAGAUGGGCAAAGCAGUGAAGAGCAGGAGGAUUUGGGAAGCAGGGCUAGCAUCUUGGAGUAGGGAGAAAAAAUAAAUUACUAUGCAGACAACUAGGGUUGCCAUAUGUCUGGAAUUUCCUGGACAUAGGCGGAAAAUGGCAGCAGAAAACAGUGUCAGGACAGAAAUCUCUGAAAUGUCCGGGAAAAUCCGGACGUAUGGCAACCCAUGUCGAAAGUCUAGAUAAAAAAGCUUAAUAACUUUUGUGUCCAGAUUUUCACUUUUUGAAAUAUGGUAACCCUAAGAUGCCUAUGUUUGGAAUUGUGGCUUCUGGGUUACAGUGUCACAAAACUGCUUGUUUCUAGAGCCUUGGAAGCUGCUGUUCUCUGAGGGACGAGGCCCUUGUUCCUAGGCUGCAGGUCUGUGGAUGGUUUCCUUAACCCCACUGAAGCUGCAGGGAAAGGGAAGGGAGAACACCUCCUUGGGGGCGAGAUGAGAAGAGGAAAUGAGGAGAAAACAUGAAAGGAACGAAGCGAGAGGUGGUUUCUCCAGCCAAGCCAGCAAUGCCUUCCCUGUAGUAGUUGGUAGUGGGCUAUUUGGGCUAUUUUUGGGUAGUGGGCUAUUUGGAGAUGAUUCUUACUUGGCAGACACACACACAUCCAGAAUGCACGGAGCAGAAAUACAGGAAAUACAGGGCAAACUGUGUCCUGUAUUCAAUCAACACAUAGCAUUUUACAUUGAAAUCUGGGAUGAUCCUGUAUUUUAAAGGAUGGGCAGCAACCCUAUUCCAAAGUGGGUCUAUUUAAUAAAUGAUAGUAAUAUUUGCAUUCUCGUUUUGUAUUUUUAUGUUGUGAAGCACCCUGUUAUCUCCUGAUGAAAACUGGUAUACAAAUUUAAUAAACAUAAACGACAACAACAAGCAGGGAUAGCUCACUUGGUAGAGCACAAGACUCUUAAUCUCAGAGUUGUGGGUUCAAGUCCCACAUUGAGCAAAAGAUUUGGGAAGACCUUUCUGACAGUAAGAGUUGUUUGGCAGUGUAAGUGACCAUCCUUCAGAAGGUUGUGGCUUCUCUUUCAUUGGAGGUUUUUAAGCAGAGGUUGGACGGUCAUCUGUCAUGGAUGCUUUGGUUGAGAUUCCUGCAUUGCAGGGGGUUUGGACUAAGGGACUGUUGUGGUCCCUUCCAAGUCUACAAUUCUAUGAUUCUAAUAGCAUCUGCCAGCACUGGCUAUACUGUUUGUCUGUAGCUGUAGGGUAGGUGUCAGCCCUAGAUUGCUCUGCUGGGGCACAUGAGCUGGGGCAGGUUCCCAAGCAUCCUAAAAACUGAUUCUACACCUAAAUGAGUUGGCCUGGAGUUGUGUAUUUGUGGAUAUCCCAGUACAUCUCCCCUGGAUGUUCUACUUUUGUUUUAAGAGCGAAGAAAGGAAGCUUCCAUCCUCUUUACUUAAUGAAAUAUAAGGUAACUUUGCUGGCAGAAUUGUACCCAGCUUCUGAAAAAGAAGGAAAGCCUACCAGGAGAUAGGAUGAUUGAAAUGAACUUGGUGCUCAUUUAUUAAACAUAAUUUCAAUUUUCAAAUUCUUUAUUAAACUGAAUUGCCUUAAUUCAAAAUAGGUUAACGUGGUUUCCAAAGUCGAGGGAAUCUGUCGUUGUCUCCCAUCUUAAGCCCAAGACCCUCUGGCUCCAAGGCUCAAAAGAAGAUGUGUUGUGGUGUAUGUUAAUGACACUGAGCCUUCCUGAUCCCCUUUCCUGUUUGUAGGGGCAACGCUACAAUGUACAACUUGUCAGUAUGGGCUGAAAAACUAUUGUGAAAACCGAGAGGCACAUAGCUGCCCAGCUGAUACGUGCCUCAAAGGUGUUCUGGAUAACAAUAUAUGUGAGUAAGAAAGGUUUCAUUCUUUCUACUGAAUGUGCACACAGCCCUUUUCAAAAGACACCUUCCGCACGUAGUAACUGCAUGCUGGGAAAUCAAAGAACUAAAGUCAGGUCCAUGCGUGAAUCAGCCCUAAAAUACACAGAGCUGUCAUUCUUCAUCCUGUAACCUUUCAUCACAGAAGGAAUUGUGGGGACUGCCAUUUUGCCAGUCUAUAGCUUUUUUAAUGUGUUUGUGGGAGGUGCUAUUGGUUUUCAUUGUUAUUAUUAUUAUAUGUAUUUUGUGUUUUCAUUUUGCAUUUUAAUGCUGUAAACUGCCCUGUGAUCUUUGGGUGAACAGUGGCAUAUAAUUUUAAAUAGAAAGAAAGAAAGAUAGAUGAUGACAGAUAGAUGAUAGAUGAUAGAUAGAUGAUAGAUAGAUAGAUAGAUGAUAGAUAGAUAGAUAGAUAGAUAGAUAGAUAGAUAGAUAGAUAGAUGAUAGAUAGAUAGAUGCUAGCUAGCUAGCUAGCUAGAUAAAUAAUAGUGCCAGUUCCAGGUUGGGGUGGUGGCUUGGACAAUGUGCCCCCAGCAAGUGACACUGUCAUGUUUUGUCUCCACCUCCAUUAUUUUCCAACAUCCCUAGCUAGGAGUGCCUUUUAUCACCUUUGGAUGGAGCAACAGCUGUGGUCACUUCUGUAUUUAAAAUCCCUCCUUUGGCAACCCUACAGCUUUGAGAGUGCCACAGUUAACGCCAGGGCAAAGAUGACUGACUUGAACCUCCUUCCUAAUUCUCUUCCACAGUUUCUCAGUACAGAGAGCAAUUUAAUUACAGUGACUGCGUUGACUCCCAGGAAUGCCACCCAGGCUAUUUUGGCUUUGCUACAGCAAUGAGGAAAUAUUUUCGGGUGAAGUUCACCUGCUGCCAUUCUGCUGCAUGCAUUGAGGAUGGAUUCGGAAGUAAGUAUUGUUGGGGGAAUAUCGGGGUUGAAGCCAGAUAUCCUGGGCUGCCUGAAAUGUCCAAUAGAAUCCAAUUGCCAGUAAAAUGGGGCAUUUAGGUGAGAAUGUCAGCACAAUCUCAUCCAGCAAGUAGUGAGGGGUGUUGCACCAAGCAUGAAAACAGCACAAUCAUUUGCGCUUAUAAGCAAAGGAAGCAAAGGGGCAGCUAAGUCCAUAUAUAGCAAUACUUCCACAUUCUACUAACUUCCGCUGGCUUCUAACAUAUUCCGGGGAAAUUUGUUGUCAAUUAACCUUGGGGCAGGUAAGAGAUAACGGCAAAUUUCAGCAUGGGCAAAUAUAGCAGCAUUUUUAUUUCAUUGCCUACAACAACCCAGUAGCAUCAUUCCUAACAAAUGAAAUUGUUAAUGGUAUUGAUCGCAAUGAAGAUGAUCAGAGUUGAUUGCCAGUCAUAAUUUACCCAAGAAUGAACUCAAAAAUGGUGUUCCUGGCCACAAUUUCAAAUAGAUGGAAGGUUGGCAGGGUCUGCCCCCCCCCCAAUUGUUGUCAUAUUGUAAUCACAAGUUCCCCUUGAAACUUUUAUAUUAGAUUUUCCCAGCUGGCACAUUUGACUGCAGUUGUAGAACACCCUGGUGGGUGUCAUAAUCCUUUAUACAAACCGGAAACUAAGAGCCAGAAUGGACUUGGCAUGCCAAAGAAAACAGAAAUCUAACCAGAUUUCAUUUUGACAGUGCAUCCUGGGAGAUAUGGUCCUCUGGAGUGCCCAGCCUGCUUCUCUAACAGCACCACUGAUUGCGAGAGCAUGACAGCCCGCAGGUGUCCUUAUAAAGCGACUAAAUGUAUAACCUUUGGUGGUAUUAUGAAGCAAGGUGAGUAGAACUUCCGAUCAGUACAGGGGAAAACAAGCAGCUGUCAGCCAUCAACUACCCAUCCCCUUUUUGGCCAAAUAUGAAGAAAGCAAAGGGAGGAGGGAGAUGUGUUUUAUUUGAGGGAAAAUAUUUAAUGUUUUCAUCAACAUGAGAUUUCCUUGCUAGAAACGAGUUUUGGGGAAAUAUAUCUGUCCCUGAUUUCUGUAUGUGAGAAAGAGAAAUAAAGGGAUAAAAGAAGGACCCUAGGAAGGUGGGAUUUCCUGAUUAUCGGGGAGGUACACAAUGUUGGCCCCAGUCCUCAGUCACUGGCAUGCUAUUGGCCUCACUCACAGAUCGCCCUGAUCACAUGCAAGCAGGCAUGAAAACAGCUGUCGUUCCCAUUUUGAGUUUCCCCAGGCCCUGGAAGGAUGCUAUAUUGUGGGCCUUAUGGAAGAUUCAAUUGUUGGCUAAAUUCACAUGUGUGAGCUUCACCCAGUAGCCUUGAUCUGGUCAGAAUACCAAUAGACAAGGAAGAAAGGUAAAGCAGGAGGACUUCCGGGGUGGCGCCUCCGGAAAAUGGCGGAAUUCCCUUCGAACUGAAGGGAACCCGCUGCACGGAGGCUUGGGUCCUGCCGCUACGGCGCAGCGGGGACCCUUAAAAACCACAGGCGGAAGAAGCCUGUGGGCGUGGGACUCGGCGGGCACCGAGAGCGCUCUCCCCUUGUACAGGAGCCCGGUAGCGGGCUCCGGAGUGGAGGUGCGUGGUGCUGUGAGUCGUCUGCUUCCUCCGUGCAGCAAAGCCGCACUGCCGUUUUCGGAGAGCGCUGCCUUUUUCCUGGACAAUUUGGCAUCUAAAACAUCUAUCCGUGAGUACCCGAUCCUGGAAGAGCUGAACUACUUUUAAGAUUGGUGAAUAAAUAAAUAACAUUGGACUUGAACUUGAAAUUGAAUUUAAUUGGGACUCGGACGGAAAGGUCUAAACAGGAAGUCGCCUUCCGUUCUUUUGUUACGUGAAGAAAGCAAAGACAAAUUAUACUAAAGCCUGGAAACUAAAUUCUGAGAGAACUAAAAUUCAACAUCUAAGAGUUCUGAACCCCCCCCUCCGAUUGCAGGAGAAGAAGGGGUUGUUGUGAUCUUGUCCACCCUGCGGGAGUGAGUUUAAAAUAAAGUAAUUUUCCACCGCCCUGAACCAGGAGCGGGCUGUCAGAACUGACGUUUUGAAGCUUAUCCAGCUCGACAGAUAGUUAAAAGAAGGGUAACAUUUUGAUUCUACUGUUGCCUCUUGAAUUUGAAAGGGGGAAUUUUGGAUAAAGUGUUUCUGGAAAAAGAAAGAUUGUUACUGUUGUUUUUCCCCCUCUUAAAAAAAAAAAAAAAAGGGUUUUCCAUCUAGUGGAACUGAGUGAAAUUGCAAUGCAGAGAGUUUAAAAGAGAAGGAUCAUUCUCGUGGGAAAGAAUUUUUUCUGACCUUGAAGGACAAUGCUUGUACAAAGGCUUGAACAAGUGUUCCUGGAAGGUUUUGCAAAAUUAAGUGCCCAGCUGGACCAGAUGCGUCAGGAGUCGACCUCGAUGAGGACAGAAGUCACCAGAGCACAGCAGCAAACAAAUGAAAUUCAGUUAAAGUCUAUACAAGUAUAUGAACCUGCUGUAGCGACGGAGGCUUCAGAGAUGGAGGGACCUAUGGAUGGGCAAGAUCAGCCUUUGAACUUGAUAAAUGAACUUGGGACAAACCUGAUUCGGAAAGAUGAAAUGUGGUCAGAUUUGGAAAUGGGGGGAUGGAUUGACACCCCCCUAUAUGGUUAUUUGGACUUUCCGAGUCUAGUGAUGGGCCAUCAGAGGAAUGGAGUAGUCGAAGUCUCCAAGUUUCGUGGAAAUUGGAAGUGGUAUUAUCUGCUGUCUGGCUUGGGCAAUGGGUUUGGGAUGGACUUGCUGCAAAGAGUCAAAAGCAUCUUCUUGCUGGAGUAUCCACGACUGAAAGGGAAACAUCAACAAGAGUGGCGAAAGGGGCAAGAAAGAGACUUGAGGGCCUCGGAUUUGAGACAACCAGGUUAAGGAGCCGGAUUAUUGAGGUUAAAAGGACUGACAAUCCCGGGUCCAGGGGAGGAGGCUGGAAGUUGACUGGAUUGAAUCUGACUUAUUGUUUUUGUUUUCUUAUUUUUAAUAUUGGGAAUGUUUAUAAAUGUUUGAAGGAUGUUGAAUGAAAUUAUAUGACUUAAGUAAGGAUUGGUAAAUGAUUUGAAAAAGGUAAUGAUGUAAGAAUUUGCUAAAUAUUGAAUAUAAGCUUUGAGUUUUAAAGUUUUUAUAUGACAAGAGGGAAGAUAGAAUAAGGAAACGCAAUGAUAGAUUGUUAUGAAAAAACAGAAAGGAUUUGCUGUAAAAAUUAAAUACUAAGAAACAAGAGACGGAAGGAGGAGGAAGUCUAGAAAGGAAGUUAAUGGAGAUCGUAAAGGAUUUUAUAUUUCUGUUUUUCUGUUUUUCUUUUUUUUUUCUUUUUUGCGGCUGGGUUUUUUCUUCUUUACUAUUUCUGUAUUAUUUUUGUUUUAUUUGUAUUUUCAAUUUUUUUUGGAAAUUUUUGUUGUUACUUGUUACUCUUUGAAAAUUUAAUAAAUAUCAAUUUAAAAAAAGAAAAAGAAAGGUAAAGCAGGGCUUGUGGAAGACAUCAGAUGCAGACUGUUCUCAGGUGCACUGACCCUGACAUUUGUCCAAAGAUGCCUGACUCUGAUGCCAAGCCUGACUCAUAUUAUCCUGCUGCACCUUUCAUUUCAGUGUCUUUUUUUGAGUGAAAAGAUAUCUUCUGAAUAUUCAGAGAACAUAACUGGGUUGGGGGUAAAGGGGGACAUAUGAUUCCAAUGGUCCUGCAAAUUGCAUGAGUGUGCUGGGUCCUGAAAUCAACCCUGACUCAUAUUAUCAUUCCUCUUUUUUCAGUGGGUAAAAGUGAAGUGGCAGCUGCUUUCAAAGGAUGUGCAACCCCAGAUUUUUGUAAUUACAUAACAACAGUCCCCAAAGGAGUAAUGCAAAGUUUAAAUAACUGGGUUUCAUUCAAUGUCAACCGAGCAGCAUGUUUUGAUGCCCAGUCAUCAUCCUAUACUUCUGGCCUGUAGAUGCGCCCUUCGUGGGACUUAGGAGGAAACUGCACCUAGCAGCGGGGGAGUGGAAGAUCUCUGAAGAUGCGAAAGAGUGAGUGUUUUUCUAGAAGGCAGGUGCAAGAGAGCAGAAAAUUGGGGUUUCAGAGCUCUAGUUAUAGAAAAUAUGACACAGGAGUUAUAUUUCCAUUGAAUUGUGAUCUGAAUAAAUUCAUAAAGCAGACAAA